UUCGACCUCGACCAACCAACCGCGUGUGGCAGAAAGAGGGGAUGAGCGCCGUCCAAAAUGGCCCAAAACAAGGGGAUUUGGUGUCCCCGCUACCCGACUAUGCUCAAGUCUUUAUGUUUCUCCGCCAAUUCGGGGAGCUUCUAGCUUUCCCACCCGUCUCCCUGAGCGAACUUGAGGAUUUUUUCCUAACUCGGCACCAUGAUGAGGAAGAUAAGGUGGUUGGUAUCCAUUGGCGACUGCUGAUGUCAGUAACCAGGAGAGAGAAUCGGAGAGAUUGGAAGAAGAUGGCAACGAGGUUUGCUGUGCGAAGUGGGGUGAUUACCCAGGGGCUCCCCUACUCUGAUAUUCCAGUGGAAAAGAGAAUUCAUAUCAUGAAGCUAGCAUGUGAGGCUCAAUUUGACUGUAACCUGCCCUUCAAAGCAGAGCUGAAGAAACUGGAGUUGGCUUCAGACAAACCCAUUGGAGUUGAUCGAUUCGGUCAUCGCUACUGGCUCCUUCAGGACUCGUUUCAUGAUGUGCGGUUGUAUAGAGAGAGUGAGUAUGAUGUAAUGCCUCCUGAAGGAAGUUCCUGGGCCCUGCUUGCCAGGUCCAUCAACGAACUGGACGUCCGGAUUGCGAAUCUGGUGGCCAAGAAUGAGGUCUCCCCUGACGACAAAGUGUCAGGGGAAGAGGAAGAGGAAGAGGAGAUGGAAGUCAAUGUGACAGAAACUGACAAGUGUUUCAUGAGUCAGUCACAAAGAAUGUCUCGUCAGACAAGAGUGACUUCCAGGGCCAAAAAGGAGGGGAAGAAAGGGUCUAAAAAACCACCAAAGGCAGCUGGCAGAAACCGGAGGUUGUUUUGUCUGCAGAGUUGA